UCUACGUAAUAUAUAGAUUCUGCUAUUAACAUAUAUGGACCACUCGCUUAUUAAAAAGUUAAGGUUCUCUCUCGCUUUCUCUCUAUAAAAAGCUUCCGUUUCUUCACCAUAACUCUUCACACACUUUACUCUCUUACAAAAUAAUAGCAAAAAAUAUCUAAAAUAUUAAACCCCAUGUCUGAAUGCGGCUGUUCUUCAGCAACUAUGUUGAGAGUUUGUGUAGUAUUAAUAUUAAUAUGUUUACAUAUGUGUUGUGCCUCGAGUGAUUGUACAAGUCACGAUGAUCGUGACGCUGUUUCUAAAGAUGAAGCAGAGAAAGCGACGAAGUUGAAGCUUGGUUCGAUCGCUUUGCUUCUUGUGGCUGGAGGACUCGGCGUCAGUCUACCGUUGAUCGGGAAAAAGAUUCCGGCGUUACAGCCGGAAAACGAUAUCUUCUUUAUGGUCAAAGCUUUCGCUGCGGGGGUGAUCCUCUGCACAGGUUUCGUCCAUAUACUACCAGACGCGUUCGAGAGAUUGAGCUCACCUUGUCUUGAGGACACGACAGCUGGCAAGUUCCCGUUCGCGGGUUUUGUAGCGAUGCUGUCGGCGAUGGGAACUCUUAUGAUUGAUACUUUUGCCACGGGGUAUUACAAGAGGCAACAACAUUUUAGCAAUAACAGCGGGAGCAAGCAAGUAAACGUAGUAGAAGACGAAGAAGAGCAUGCGGGUCAUGUUCACGUGCACACGCACGCGAGUCACGGACACGCGCAUGGCUCGACUGAGGUGAUCAGGAGACGCAUAGUGGCACAAGUGCUUGAGAUUGGCAUAGUUGUACAUUCGGUUAUUAUAGGGAUAUCACUUGGAGCUUCACAUAGUAUAGACACCAUAAAGCCACUCAUGGCUGCUCUUUCGUUUCAUCAGUUCUUUGAAGGUCUUGGCCUCGGUGGCUGCAUCUCUCUUGCGGAGUUGAAGUCGAAAUCAACGGUGAUAAUGGCAACAUUUUUCUCGGUGACAGCACCUGUUGGGAUAGGGAUAGGGAUGGGGAUGUCGAGUGGUUUAGGAUACAGGAAAGAGAGCAAAGAGGCAAUAAUGGUGGAAGGAAUGUUGAACGCUGCAUCUGCUGGGAUUCUCAUUUACAUGUCACUCGUUGAUCUUCUUGCUCCUGAUUUUAUGAAUCCAAGAUUGCAAUCCAAUCUCUGGCUUCACUUGGCCGCUUACCUCUCUCUCAUCCUCGGCGCUGCUUCCAUGUCCCUCCUCGCCAUCUGGGCCUGAUUAUAUUGAACUGUAGCUAACAAACAAAACAAACCAAACGCCGCUCUUUUUUGUCGAAUCUGUAAUGGUGUUUCUAAUCUCGGAAUCAAAUACUAUUCUAUUUGAAACGCAA